GGCUGGAUCUACCGGAUCGCUCACGGGAGGAAGGUGGUGCGCCGAGUGGCUUCUCUGCUCUUCCAAGAGCCGAAGCAGCAGCUGGUGGGUGAAGAGGAUACCAAUAAGAGCACUCCAGAUAACUGAGAACAACCAGCAGCUUUGAAAAUGAAAGCAAAUUGAGCCUUCAGAAAAGCACACAAUUCUUCUCUUUCCCCAGCUGCUGAGAGACAAGGGGGAGAAAAUCAAGAUGAUUUCAAACUGGAAAAAGUAGAGUAUGCAAAACUCAACAAUAGAUUACAUGAAAAGGUCAAAGGAGAUUAUUUUUUCCAUUCAGAAAUAGAGGGAAAUAUCUAGAGGUGAGUGAGGAGGAAAAAGACAAUUGGAUAGCCCAAGUCUACAGUAGACAGUAAUGCAGGCAUUGCCCUGUGAGGAAGAAAACAAUAGUUUGAAUCAAAGCUCUAUGCAACAAAAGAUCACACAUAUUUUUGACCUCUUCAAGAACAUCAGUGGAGGAAAAACUCCAUAGAUGUGCCUAUUGUGGGAAAAGCACAAAUAAGCAAAUCAUAUAUUAUGCAUAACAGGAUCCAUACUGGAGGAAAGCCAUAGAAAUUAUCCAAAUGUGGAAAAAGAUUUAGUUAGACCAGUUCCCUUGUGGUUCAUGAAAGGACCCACACAGGAGAGAAGCCCUAUAGCUGCUCCCAAUGCAGUAAACGCUUUUGCAAGCAUGGCAACUUGGUGAUACAUCAGAGGACUCACAGGAGGGGAAAACACUUUGAAUGUGCUGAUUGUGGGAAAACUUUCAGUCAGAAUUCCAAGCUGGUGUACACCAGAGGAUGCAUACAGGAAAGAAAUCAUAUAACUGUCCUGAUUGUGGGAAAGGUUUCAUUGCAAAUUCCCACCUUGUGAUACACCAGAGGACUCACACAGGAGAGAAACCUUUUGAAUGCCCUGAUUGUGGCAAACGUUUCAGUCGGAAUUCCAAUUUGCUUAAACACCAGAGGACUCACACAGCAGAGAAACCCUUUCAAUGUCCUGAUUGUGGCCAACGUUUCAGUCGGAAUUCCAAUUUACUUAAACACCAGAGGACUCACUCAGGGGAGAAACCCUUUGAAUGUACUGAUUGUGGCAAACGUUUCAGUUUGAAUUCCCAUUUGGUUAAGCACUACAGGACUCACACAGGGGAGAAACCCUUUGAAUGUCCAGAUUGUGGGAAAGGUUUCAGUCAGAAUUCAAGCCUGGUGAUUCAUCAGAGGACACACACAGGGGAGAAACCCUUUGAAUGUCCUGAUUGUGGGAAAAGUUUCAGUUUGAAUUCCAAUUUGGUUAAACACCAGAGGACUCACACAGGAGAGAAACCCUUUGAAUGUCCUGAUUGUGGCAAACGUUUCAGUCUGAAUUCCUAUUUGGUUAAACACCAGAGGACUCACACAGGAGAGAAACCCUUUCAAUGUCCUGAUUGUGGGAAAAGUUUCAGUUGGAACUCCAGCCUGGUGAUACACCAGAGGACUCACACAGAAGAGAAACCCUUUCAAUGUCCUGUUUGUGCGAAAUGUUUCAAUCAGAAUUCCCAUCUGUUGGAACACCAGAGGACUCACACAGGAGAGAAACCCUUUGAAUGUUCUGAUUGUAGCAAACGUUUCAGUUGGAAUUCCAAUUUGGUUAAACACCAGAGGACUCACACAGGAGAGAAACCCUUUGAAUGUUCUGAUUGUGGGAAACGUUUCAGUCGGAAUUCCAGCCUGUUUAAACACCAGAGGGCUCACACAGGUGAAAAACCCUUUGAAUGUCCUGAUUGUGGGAAAAGUUUCAGUUGGAACUCCAGCCUGAUGAUACACCAGAGGACUCACACAGAAGAGAAACCCUUUGAAUGUCCUGUUUGUGGGAAAUGUUUCAAUCAGAAUUCCCACCUGUUGGAACACCAGAGGACACACACAGGAGAGAAACCCUUUGAAUGUUCUGAUUGUGGCAAACGUUUCAGUUGGAAUUCCAAUUUGGUUAAACACCAGAGGACUCACACAGGAGAGAAACCCUUUGAAUGUCCUGAUUGUGGGAAAAGUUUCAGUCAGAAUUCCCAGCUGGUGAACCAUCAGAGGACCCACACAAGAGAGAAACCCUUUGAAUGUUCUGAUUGUGGCAAACGUUUCAGUUUGAAUUCCCAAUUGGUUAAACAUCAAAGGACUCACACAGAAGAGAAACCCUUUGAAUGUCCUGAUUGUGGGAAAAAAUUCAGUCAGAAUUCUGAGCUGAUGAACCAUCAGAGGACUCACACAGGAGAAAAGCCCUUUGAAUGUCCUGAUUGUGGGAAAAGUUUCAGUUGGUACUGCAGCCUGGUGAUACACCAGAGGACUCACACAGGAGAGAAACCCUUUGAAUGUCCUGAUUGUGGGAAAGGUUUCAGUCAGAAUUCCAUCCUGGUGGAACACCAGAGGACACACACAGGAGAGAAACCAUUUGAAUGUUCUGAUUGUGGCAAAUGUUUCAGUUGGAAUUCCAGUUUGGUUAAACAUCAAAGGACUCACACAGGAGAGAAACCCUUUGAAUGUCCUGAUUGUGGGAAAAGUUUCAGUCAAAGGUCGAACUUGGUGGUACACCAGAGGACUCACACAGGGGAGAAACCUUUUGAAUGUCCUAAUUGUGAGAAACAUUUCAGUGAGAAUUCCAAACUUGUGAGACACCAGAGGACUCACACAAGAGAAACAGAAAGAGGGAAAGAGGAAUCCCAGGUGGAGACGGGACGAGCCUGUUUUACCGCCUCCUAUCGGGAGAUGGCGGUCAGAUGGGCAACAUCGGCGCCUAGGAAGCCGUCGCUACAGAGGCAUCUGGGGCUGAGCCUUAAGGAGUUAAAACCAUCAAGCACUGCAUUGCGGGAAGGGAGGGGAGGGAAGGGCUGGAUCUACCGGAUCGCUCACGGGAGGAAGGUGGUGCGCCGAGUGGCUUCUCUGCUCUUCCGAGAGCCGAAGCAGCAGCUGAAGAUGCCCACAGGAAAGAAAUCGUAUGACUGUACUGAUUGUGGGAAAAGUUUCGUUGCAAAUUCCCACCUGGUGAUACACCAGAGGACUCACACAGGAGAGAAACCCUUUGAAUGUCCUGAUUGUGGGAAAAGUUUCAGUCAGAAUUCCAAUUUAGUUCAACACCAGAGGACUCACACAGGAGAGAAACCCUUUGAAUGUCCUGAUUGUGGGAAAAGUUUCAUUGCAAAUUCCCACCUGUUGGAUCACCAGAGGACUCACACAGGAGAAAAACCCUUUGAAUGUCCUGAUUGUGGGAAAGGUUUCAGUCAGAAUUCAAGCCUGCUGAUUCAUCAGAGGACUCACACAGGAGAGAAACCCUUUGAAUGUUCUGAUUGUGGCAAACGUUUCAGUUGGAAUUCCAAUUUGGUUAAACACCAGAGGACUCACACAGGAGAAAAACCCUUUGAAUGUCUUGAUUGUGAGAAAAGAUUCAGUCAGAAUUCAAGCCUGCUGAUUCAUCAGAGGACUCACACAGGAGAAAAACCCUUUGAAUGUCCUGAUUGUGGGAAAAGUUUCAGUUUGAAUUCCAGCUUGGUUAAACACCAGAGGACUCACACAGGGGAGAAACCCUUUGAAUGUCCUGAUUGUGGAAAAAGUUUCAGUCAGAAUUAUGACCUGGUGAAACACCAGAGGACCCACACAGGAGAAAAACCCUUUGAAUGUCCUGUUUGUGGGAAACUAUUCCGUCAGAAUUCCAGCCUGGUGAAACACCAGAGGACUCACACAGGAGAGAGACUCUUUGAAUGUUCUGAUUGUGAGAAAAGUUUCAGUCAGAAUUCAAGCCUGCUGAUUCAUCAGAGGACUCACACAGGAGAAAAACCUUUUGAAUGUCCUGAUUGUGGGAAAAGUUUCAGUUUGAAUUCCAGCUUGGUUAAACAUCAGAGGACUCACACAGGGGAGAAACCCUUUGAAUGUCCUGAUUGUGGGAAAAGUUUCAGUCAGAAUUAUGACCUGGUGAAACACCAGAGGACCCACACAGGAGAAAAACCCUUUGAAUGUCCUAUUUGUGGGAAACUAUUCCAUCAGAAUUCCAGCCUGGUGAAACACCAGAGGACUCACACAGGAGAGAAACCCUUUGAAUGUUCUGAUUGUGGCAAACGUUUCAUUUGGAAUUCUGAGCUGGUGAAACACCAGAGGACUCACACAGGAGAAAAACCCUUUGAAUGCCCUGAAUGUGGGAAAAGUUUCAGUCAGAAUUAUGACUUGGUGAACCAUCAGAGGACUCACACAGGAGAAAAACCCUUUGAAUGUCCUGAUUGUGGGGAAAGUUUCAGUUUCCAUUCCAGUUUGGUUAAACACCGGAGGACUCACACAUUGAAUAAACCCUUUAAAUGUCCUGACUGUGGAAAAGAUUUCAGUUUCAAUUCCAGUUUGGUUAACCACCAGAGGACUCACACAGGAGAGAAACCCUUUGAAUGUCCUGUUUGUGGGAAACGUUUCAGUCAGAAUUCCAGCCUGGUGAUACACCAGGGGACUCACACAGGGGAGAAAGCCUUUGAUUGUCCUGAUUGUGGGAAACGUUUCAGUCAGAAUUCCAGCCUGGUGGAACACCACAGGACUCACACAGGUGAGAAACCAUUUGUAUGUCCUGAUUGUGGGAAAUGUUUCAGUCGGAAUUCCAGCCUAGUAAUACACCAGAGGACUCACACAGGAGAGAAACCUUUUGAAUGUCCUGUUUGUGGAAAACGAUUCAGUCAGAAUUCCAGCCUGGUGAAACACCACAGGACUCACACAGGGGAGAAACCUUUUGAAUGUCCUGUUUGUGAGAAAAAAUUCAGUGAGAAUUCCAAACUGGUGAAACACCAGAGGACUCACACGAGAGAAACGAUAUGAAUUCUGAUCUACUGAUCAGUGCUGAAUUUCAUUUUUUUUUACUACCGGUUCUGUGGGUGUGGCUUGGUGGGCAUGGCUUGGUGGGCAUCACAGGGGAAGGAUACUGCAAAAUCUCCACUCCCACCCCAUUGCAGAGGAAAGAUAUUGCAAAAUCUCCAUUCCCACCCCACUGGGAGCAGCCAGAGGUGGUAUUUGCCGGUUCUCUGAACUACUCAAAAUUUCUGCUUCCGGUUCUCCAGAACCUGUCAGAACCUGCUGGAUUUCACCCCUGCUGCUGAUACACAAGAGGACGUAUACAGGAGUGAAGCCACACACGUGUCCAAAUUUUGGGAAAAGUUUCAGCCUAACUUCAA